GGGCGCUAAUGGCGGCGGGCGCGGCGGGCCGGAGGCUGGCCCUCUCGUAGGCCCUUAACAAGCCUGCGUUCCUGUCCGGCCACCGCCCCGUUGGCCUUGGACCGGUCACUGCCCUUUCUGAGCAUCACUGUGCUCGUCUUCAAGUGGGCCCGACAGUGCCCGCCUGAGAGGUCUGGCCCUACUGGGCCUGCCUCAUGCUGCGUGAACGCGCGCUUCUUUGCUGCCCUCCGUUAGAUCCCGGGGCUCGGGAUUCCUACCGGUUACUGGCAGGACCCGGUGGUGUAGCCGGGCUGAUUGCUCCCACACCUGAAUUCACGUUGCGGCCCUGACACUCACGGCAGGUGUGACCUUGGCAGGAUGGAGCCUGGUGAAGAAAUGGAGGAGGAAGACUCUCCGGGCGGCCGUGAGGAUGGCUUCACUGCCGAGCACCUGGCCGCAGAGGCCAUGGCAGCCGACAUGGACCCCUGGCUGGUGUUUGAUGCCCGCACCACACCUGCCGCUGAGCUGGAUGCCUGGCUGGCCAAGUACCCACCAUCCCAAGUUACUCGCUAUGGGGACCCUGGCUCACCCAACUCCGAGCCUGUGGGCUGGAUUGCAGCAUAUGGGCAGGGCUAUGUCCCCAACUCGGGCGAUGUGCAGGGCCUGCAGGCAGCCUGGGAGGUUCUGCAGACCAGCGGGCGGCCCGUCACACCGAGCACCCUGCGCCAGCUGGCCAUCACCCAUCACGUGCUCUCUGGCAAGUGGCUGAUCCACCUGGCACCUGGCUUCAAGCUGGACCAUGCCUGGGCUGGCAUUGCUCGGGCUGUGGUCGAGGGCCGGCUUCAGGUGGCCAAGGUGAGCCCCCGGGCCAGGGAGCGUGGGCGCCAGGUCAUCUGUGUUUACACGGAUGACUUCACGGACCGCUUGGGUGUACUGGAGGCGGAUGCGGCCAUCCGCGCAGCGGGCAUUAAGUGCCUGCUCACCUACAAGCCUGACGUCUACACCUACCUGGGCAUCUAUCGGGCCAACCGUUGGCACCUGUGCCCCACUCUCUAUGAGAGUCGUUUCCAGCUGGGGGGCGGUGCCCGUGGCUCCCGUGUGCUGGACCGCGCCAACAAUGUGGAACUGACCUAGUGUGGCCGAGUGGGGACGACCCCCUUCUGCCCCCUCCCACGCUCGGGAUGGAUCCUGCCGUCUUCCUCCUCUGUGUCCCAAAGAGUCUGAGCCCCCCAGCUCUGAGGACUAGGUCGACCGGGAACUGCCUGCAUCUUCGAUCCCUUUGAACACUUGCCCUCUGUUCGGGGCUGAUUCGAGUCCCCACCAGCUGGAGGCUCUGGCUCCCUGAGGGCCAGACCCUCAGCCUCUCUUUUCACUGCUGCCCGCCUCUGUCAUACAGAACUGCAGGCUGGGUACAGAUUUCCAGGAGGAGAGCCUUCCUUGCCCACCGUCGUGUCCAGCUGUACCUCCGUCUCCUCCUGCGUUCUGUCCUCCUCCUCCCUCACAAGAGAGAAAAAUUAGCGCUCCGGUCCCUCUUGGAGCCUUUGCAGUCCAGGGGGCAAAGGCCCUGCAGGCCUAAGCAUGCUAUUUUGUUGGGGGGGAGAGGGUGAUUGUAUCCACUCAGCCCUUUGCAGAGAGAGGGGAUGCCAGGGCCAUGGACAUGGGGCCGGCCCCUCCCUGCCAUCUCCCGCAGCCUGCACCACCUUCCUUUCUUCCUUCGCUACCUUGACAUGUGCCUGCUCCUGGCAUUUCAAUAAAACCCAGUUUGGGUCUGUGUCUUGAGUGUUUUUUAA